AUGAAAGCUUCUGCUGGUGGUGAGGAGGCCCCAGGCGCUGCUGCUGCCUCUGGCGACGGCAUCAGCUGUCUGUACACCGCAGAGCCUGAACAGAACAAGCCAGAAGAUACGGCUCCUCCUCCUGAGGACUCUGCUGCUGCUGCUGCAGCACCAGCAGCAGCAGCAGCAGCAGCAGAAGGACAUCGAAGCCCCCCUUCACUGCAGGAAGAAAGGGAGAGGGUAACCCACGCAGACACCCACGCGGCUGAGCUCAGCGUUGCUGCUGCUGCCGCUGCGGCUGCUGCUGCCUCCUCUCAGCAGCGGCAGCAGCAGCAGGAGCAGCAGCAGCAGAGAGAAUGGGAGAGAGAGAAGGAAGCACACGAGACACAGGAGGGCGAGAGCCCCGAAACAAGACAGCAGGGCAUGCAGGCCUCCCAACCUGCUGCAGCAACAGCAGCAGCAGCAGCAGCAGCAGCACCUGCUGCUGCUGCUGCUGCGAUCCGUAGCGAAGAAAGCAGAGAGAUAAGCCCUUCAUCUGUGGUUGAGGGGGGGGAGGAGCAGCAGCAAAGAGAGAAGGAAAAGGAGACAGUGCAGGAGACAGAAGGAGACAGAGCAACGGAGACAGCUGGAGACAGUGAAGAGACAAAAACAAAAGAAAGAGAAAGAAGAGGAGACAGACAAACAGAGAGAAAAGAAGAAAUCAUAGAUGCCGCAGCAACACAGGCCCCAAAAGAAAAAGAAAAAGAAAAAGAAAGAAACGAAAAAGAAAAAGAAAAAGAAGGAGACAGAGAAGAGCAGACAAGCGGAGAGGCAAGCGAGCCACGACCAGAACAACAACAACAACAACAGCAGCAGCAGCAGCAGCAGGAGCAGCAGCAGCAGCAGCAGCAGCAGCAAGAAGAAGAAAAAGGAGAGAGGAGACAGCAGCUGAGCGGGGACCUGGGUCUGUCUCCGCCGCUUGGAGACAGAGGAAGCCUCUGCUGGUCGCAGAGCCAGCAGCAGCAAGAAAAGGACGAAGAACAACCCUGGCUUGAACCCUAUGAAGCCUUCGUUCGGUCAGAAUGA